AUGCCGAUACACUACACGACGCUAGUACUGGACGCCAAUGCCUUCUUCAAGGUCGCUCCAUCCCAAAUAGCCCAGUACGCCGACAAGUUUGUCACAAUCCCAGAAGUCCUCCAGGAAAUAAAGGACAGGCAAUCAAAGAGUGCGCUAGUAGACGGUCAAUUGCAUUAUGAUCUGACUACUAGAUCGCCCUCAGAUGAAGCUGUUGUCGCUGUGACGACCUUCUCAAAGAGGACUGGUGACUACCCUGUAUUGUCGCGUACUGAUAUACGUCUGAUCGCGCUGGCAUGGACGCUGGAAAAGGAGGAGAAUGGAAUGACAAACCUCAAGUCUGAUCCGCAACCUAUACGCGUCAACCAAGGAAAGCAACACAAACAGAAAAAGCAACAACAACAUAGUAAUAGUGCUGGUGUCAGUGGUACACCCAGUACUGUCGACAGUCAAAAGUUGCCAGUUGCUGCAGAGCAGGCUGCAGAGUCUGUAGUACCUGAUGAGAGUGUAGAGACGAAUGAUCAGCAACCGGACGAUCAACAUGAAGAAGCGCAACAUGACGACCAGGAAGAGUCUUCAGAUGACGAAGACAACGAGGUCGUUGAAGAAGAUUCACAGACAAAACAAGACGAGUCACUUCCUACGGCUUUAACUCCACUCCCUGAAUCUGCACCGGAAAGCGCCAAAAGUGAUGACGACGAUGACGAAGGGUGGAUUACACCAUCCAACAUUCAGCGAUACAAGGACCGACAAAAUGUCAAAGUAUCCCAACCAAAGAAUGUCAUCAAGGAGAUAUCUGUUGGGUGUAUGACUUCUGAUUUUGCCAUGCAGAACGUAAUGAUGCAGAUGAAUAUCAAAGUAGUAUCUGGAGAUGGUCUCAUGAUUCGUAGUGUGAGGAAUUCAGUCUUGAGAUGUCAUGCUUGUUACAAAAUCACCAGAGACAUGGACAAGAAAUUCUGUCCUUCAUGUGGUAAUGCCACAUUACUUCGAACCUCGAUUGGAGUCGAUGCAGAUGGAAAUGUGACCGUGUACCUGAAAAAGAACUUUCAGUACAAUACGAGAGGAACAGUGUACUCAAUACCACAACCAAAAGGCGGAAGAAACAAGAAUGGCGUCAUCCUACGGGAAGACCAACGUGAAUACACUCGUGCUCUCCAAUCUCAAGCUCGUCGUGAACGACAGCAAGAGCUCUUUGAUGAUCUGCCCAUAGAUCGAAUCAAAUCAAGGAGUACCGAAAUCAAGAUUGGAAUGGGCAAGAAUCCUAAUGAGGCUAAAAGACGUGCAAGACGUUAA